CCAACUCCACACCCAAACAGCCGCCAUGCGCUCCUCACCAUCUUUACUGCGCGCUUUCGCCCGAAGUGCCGUACUUCGGACAAGACCAAACGUUACUGCUGGUUGCAUCCCAGCGCCCGCAAAGCGCUUCCUGCACACACGGCAAUCACUCACUGCCCUCCGCCCAGCGCCCGCACCAUUGCGAGCGCCAGUGCCCUCCACUGUCCGCUUCGAGUCAAACACGGCCGCUCCCACGUCCACCACUGCCCCAGACUCACGGUUAGAACGCGACCAAGUCCCCUCAUACGAGCUCACCUUCACCUGCAAUGUCUGCAAGACACGCUCGUCGCACCGAUUAUCAAAGCAGGGCUACCAUCAUGGAACAGUCCUAAUCCAGUGUCCAGGCUGUAAGAACAGACAUUUGAUCAGCGACCAUCUCAAGGUGUUUUCAGACAAGUCCCUUACCAUCGAGGAUCUCAUGCGCGAAAAGGGAAGCCUAAUCAAGAAAGGCUCUCUGAGUGCUGAGGGCGACGUCGAGUUCUGGGACGACGGCACUUCUACGCCUCGCUCCGCACAUUUUCACGCCGACUCUAUGCCCAAAGGUGAUAAUCGCCUGUCACAACUGCCAGACCCACCCAAACCCCCACAGGAAUGAACGCCAUGCUCCCCACAUCAACUAGUCCGCCGGCUAGCUCACCUGCACCAUGGUGUAAUCGCCAGCACUCCAUAUUAUACUGUUUGAGUAAUUAUGACUUGACUUUUUUUAUCUCUGUUUGCUAUAUAGUGUAUCAGAUCAAUUAUCUUAGAAAAGAAUAGCAGGCCAGACCCUAACCUACCAGAAUUGAGUAUUAAAAAAUAACUUUGCAAUUAAAGUAUACAGUAAUAGAAUUUAGGUAAUUGUUAGUAAGAUCUUAUUUUAAACUCUAAAAAAUAGUUUAGUAAUACUACUAAAAAUAUACCUCUAUUAGAUACGAUAACUAAAUUAUAGUCGCGAUAAAGGUAGUAGAAUAGCGAACUACGGUUGUAAUAAGAUAGUAGCAUAACGAACUAUAGUUACAAUUGUUAGAGAUCUAAGCUAAUCAGCUGAUCUCUGGCAUAAUCCGAGUGCUCGGCAUCACACCUAGAUUCUUCAAUCAAUCGAUCCCUAAACCAAU